CCGCAGCGUCAGCAGCACACGCGCUGUUGUUGUGAUUGACAGACACAAGAGGAGUCAGGUUGAACUUUCGUUUUGCCGUCACAAAUAUGUUUUAAGUAAUUAAACAACGAUGUCCGAAAUACUGAUGAAAGAAAUGGAGAGUAUCUCGAUCAGUCCAAUGAAGGCAAAGGAGUGUCCAGACGGUGUCCGGAGCUUCCUGCUGGUGGAUGAACAAGAAAACCUGCAGGUCCGCGAUGAGUCUGAGUUUGUGGACAGACUCGGCUGUGGGGACGUGUCAGGAGUCAAGGUCAUCUCCAUCUUUGGCAACACCGGUGAUGGAAAGUCACACACCCUCAACCACAUCCUAUUCGGUGGUGAGAGUGUAUUCUACACCUCCAAGUCCCCCAGCUCCUGUACGGUGGGAGUAUGGGCAGCGUAUGACCCUAGCCUCAACCUGGUCUCCCUGGAUACUGAGGGCCUGUUGGGGGCCGCAGCCAAUCAGAACCAGAGAAUGCGACUGCUGCUAAAGGUAUUGGCAGUGUCUGAUAUAGUAGUCUAUCGUACACGAGCAGAGCGCCUCCACAACGACAUGUUCCAGUUUCUGAGCAAUGCCUCGGGGGCCUACCUGAAGCACUUCACCCCGGAGCUGAGGGCCCUCUCGAGUCGCUGUGGUCUGGACGUGCCCCUCUCUUCUCUUGGGCCUGCCAUCAUCGUCUUUCAGGAGACCACCCACACCCAGUUGCUCGGUCAUGAUUCGAAGGUGGCCGACCAUGCCGACACGCUGCUCCAGAAGCGUUUUCACGACCUGGGCUUGGGGACAGAGGCCUUCAGCUCGGUGCAGUAUGUUGGCACCCAGACCAUCACGCCUCCCACUGAUUACAACAGGCUGCUGGAGGCCGUCAGGCAGCAAGUAAAGAACACUCACACACGCUCCCCCCGCCAACCCGGGAUAGUGUUUCACGCUCUGGAGGCCCUAAGUGAGCGUUUCUGUGGGGAACUGUUAGACGACAAGAUGACCCCUUACUCCUUCUUCCCAGACGAGUACUUCACCUGCUCCGCUGUUUGCCUCAGCUGCAACAUUCGCUGUAAAAAUGGAAUGAACCAUCUGAGAGACAGGGUCCCCCACAUGGCAGAUGGACUGUGCCAGUAUGUACACCAGUACAACAACAAGGUCCUUAUCUGUAAGAGGUGCUAUGAAGGAGGCAGAGAGGUGAUUGUCUUGCCCAAGACGUCAGCUUCCACUGACAACCCUUGGUUAGGACUGGCGAAGUAUGCCUGGUCAGGCUAUGUGUUGGAGUGUGCUAGCUGUGGUGUAAUCUACCGCAGCAGACAGUACUGGAUGGGAAACCAGGACCCUGAGAGCGGCGUGGUGCGAUCUGAGGUCAAGCAUGUCUGGGAAGGGUCGGACACAUUUCUGACCAACCACCAGAACGCUGCCCAGAGGGUCCUGGAUGGGAUGAACUUUGUGAUCCAGUCAGUGUCCGAGUACAGCACCGGGCCCACCAAAGCUGUCACUGCCUGGCUCACUGACCAGGUGGCACCGCAAUACUGGAGACCCAACACAGAGAUCACUGCCUGUCAUGGCUGUCGGAAGGUGUUCGAAGAGGCGGAGAGGAAGCAUCACUGCAGAUCAUGUGGCGAGGGUUUCUGCCACCCCUGCUCCAGCCACAGGAUGCCGGUGCCAGAGAGAGGCUGGGGCAAUGGCCCUGUCAGGGUGUGUAAGGCCUGCUACCGACAGGGAGGGCCAGCUGACACUAACAGCCAGGUGUGUAAGGUGGAGCCUCGUGGUCUGAUAGCUCGCAGGGUGACGGAGGUGGCCCAGUCCACACUGGACAUGGUCACCACAGCGGUGGACUACCCUCUCUGUUUUGUGAAAGGUGUGGCUCGGCCAGACUACUGGGUGCCAGACCAGGACAUCACCCAGUGCAACCAGUGCUCCAAAACCUUCACUCCAGCAAUGUCCAAGCACCACUGCAGGGCCUGUGGACAGGGUGUGUGCGGCCCCUGCUCCUCACACAUCAAGCCUGUGCCCUCCCGAGGUUGGGACCACCCAGUCAGAGUGUGUGACGGCUGCCACGCCCGCACGGAUAGUCUGUGAGCUUUUUGAACUGGGAGAACUCCUUUUAGAUGAUCCACAAAAACACUGUGAAUACUGGCACUGCUGCUCCAAGAGAACAGGGAGGAUUGAUUAUGCAGCAUUGAAAAGACGGGCUGUUUUGAAGCUUAAAAUGGUCCCCGCCUGGGUACCAGGCCUGGUGUUUUAUCAGUGCUGAGAGCUGACCUAGGAUCAGCUUUCCAUCUCAUCUGCCUUCCUUCCCAACUGAUUUUGCAGUGGUUGUGAGGUCAAAUCUAACAUAGAUCACCUUCACCACAGCCUUACUGGACCAGUCAAACUGUCAUAAAACCAACUGGACAAAUGGAAAGCUGCAUAUGUGAUUUUAACUGACUGGAUAUUUAGAAAGUUAAGACAUACUAAACUUUUAACAGCAGAGCUUGUACUCUUUAAUGCACUCAAGUACAGUCUUCUUUGUUCAUUUAUUUGUGUUUGCACAGCCCUGCACCACGCGACAAUUUCUUAAUUUGACCAAUUUGUUGGCUAAAAGUGACAAAAUAAGUGAAAAGGGAUGCACUGCACUACUGUCUGUUUCAAAGAUGGAGCCAUCUCAACAACUCGCAUCAUCUUGUGUGUGAGGAUUUUGUGAUGUUAUCUUUUUUUCUCCCUCUAAACCAUCUCUCUCUGGGGUAUAUAAAUGAUGGACGGAGGGGAAAACACAAAGCAUUUUCAGACUUGGAAAAAAAAGUAACUUUGUGUGUGCCUGUAUUAUUCUGGUCAGAAAGAGAUACAAGAUGUAGAAACAUGAGCUACAGCAGUGUGUGCCUUCAUGGGAAUCUUGAUUCCCAUUUCUAUAGCCCCUAAAGCUUGUUUUAGGAGAUUACUCCACGUGUGCAAGAGUAAUGAGAUUAUUUGUGCCUAAUUACAGAGCAGUGUAACCUACAGCCUUGCUCAUCUAACUCUUACAUUUGUAUCCAGGUUAUGGUGAAAUAAAUAGGAAGAAAAAAAUCUGUCGCACAACACAUAUACAUUCCAACAUAUGGAAAUACCUGUGUACUGAUGUAGAUUUACCUUUCAAAGGUUAUAAUAAAAGGUAGGCACUCUCUUGAGCCACUGACACUUCAAAAAACAUUCUUAAUGUAAUGCACCUGCACUAGACAGGACAAUUUAGUUGUUUUGAUAUUUGAAAGGCGAUCAAAUCCCUUGCAAUGUUGAUGGAAAAAUGACACUGUCAAAGGGAGUUUCUGUUUAAAAUACUGGAUAGAUGAAUGCAAUUUAUGUCUAGAAAUUAUCAAUUCAAUUUUUAAGGUUUUUCAGUGGAUUCUGGAGGACUGAGUGUCUCUACAAAUGUAUUCAGUCACUUACUGCCUUUCUCGCUGCUUCUCUCUCUCUCUAAUCGCUACCUUAUAAGCAUGCUUUAUUUGCAUGAAUGGGUAUUACACAUUAUUGCAAAAGUAACUAGAUGGCAAGAGAAAGACAAUGUGGCAAUAAAAAAAGACUUAUGUCAAUCAAGUAAAGAUUAAGCUGGACACAGACUUUCUCUUCACAUCUUAAUAGAUUUUUGAUUUUUUUUUAGCCCAUAUCAGGAAAGAUACUUCUUUGACAUGUUUAGUGUUUGUCUUCUGUGUGUCCUAAUCAACACUUCCUCUGUUUUGCUUUUAUUUAAAGUGAUUAAUGUCAGGGAGUUAUUUAGCUAAUUCUAUGCAGCAUUUGGUGAUACUGUACUGUAAUAAGUUUGUUUAAUUCUAUUUUCAGACUACUCAUCAUAAAACCCUUUAUUAGCAGUGUCCAUUUUCAGUAGCAGUAAAUAUGUUAAUGUCAUUGUCAUAAUAAAAUAAGGACAUUUAAA